UUAAGCUUAAAACAUGUGGUAUAUUUUGUUGUAAACAUGCAGAUGCGUUUGAGUGAUCUUGUCUGCAAAAAUGUUUACAAUUUCAAAUCAUUUUCGAUGUUCGAGUUUAAUCAAUCAAUUAUGGCGAACAAAAGAUUUGUCCAUAGUGAAAAUCCAACCUGGGACCGCAAUUAAAACAAUUUCUAGUCAAUCUAAAACACAAAGUGAACCGGCCAGACUAAAUGAAGAUAUUCUAUACAAAAAAAUUGAAUUGGAAGCUCGAUCAGCCGACCGCGGUGUAUUGGACAGCUAUGAAAAAUUCGUAUUAAUGGCUGCCAAAUUUUUGGAUAUCCCAGUAGCCCGAACAUGGGAACCAUUUCGUUCUAUUAAACGUCGAACUUUAUUGCGAGCUGCUUUUGUUAAGAAAAAAUAUCGUGUUCAGUACGAAUUUCGUACAUAUUUUCGUAGUAUUGAACUUAAACACCUGACCGGAUCGACAGCCGAUACAUUUUUAGAAUACAUCGAACGUAAUCUACCCGAAGGAACGGCAUUAAAAGUGACGAAAGAGCGAUUGGAAUCAAUGCCCGAACAUUUGACGCCACCUUCCAAAACAUAAAUCUUUUAGAUAUAUUCAUGUAAUUAAUUAAUUGUUUUAACAUUAUAAAAAUCAAUCAAUCAAAUUAAACUUUUGUUUGUUAAAAUAAGGUUUUUGUUAUUUUAUUUUCAUAACAAUUUAUCCAUUCGAAAAAUCCAAAAAUUGAUUUCAUCUGUUGUACAAUAUUUUGUACGGCAGUAUUUAAAUCAAUACACUUAAGAUGAUUUAUAGUCCAAAACUUUUU